GACCUGGGGAGUGAAAGCGAAAGCCCGGGCGACUAGCCGGGAGAUCAGAGAUCUAGCAACUGGAGCAGCAUGGCCAAACCUUGUGGGGUGCGCCUGAGCGGGGAGGCCCGCAAACAGGUGGAUGUCUUCAGGCAAAAUCUUUUCCAGGAGGCUGAGGAAUUCCUCUACAGAUUCUUGCCACAGAAAAUCAUAUAUCUGAAUCAGCUCUUGCAAGAGGACUCCCUCAAUGUAGCUGACCUGAACUCCCUACGGUCCCCACUGGACAUCCCAAUCCCAGACCCCCCACCCAAGGAUGAUGAGAUGGAAACAGAUAAGCAGGAGAAGAAAGAAGUCCCUAAGUGCGGCUUUCUCCCUGGGAACGAGAAGGUCCUGGCCCUGCUUGCCCUGGUUAAGCCAGAAGUCUGGACUCUGAAAGAGAAAUGUAUUCUGGUGAUCACAUGGAUCCAGCACCUGAUCCCCAAGAUUGAGGAUGGAAAUGAUUUUGGGGUGGCAAUCCAGGAGAAGGUGUUGGAGAGAGUGAAUGCGGUGAAGACGAAAGUGGAAGCCUUCCAGACAACGAUUUCCAAGUACUUCUUGGAACGUGGGGAUGCUGUGGCCAAGGCCUCCAAGGAGACCCAUGUAAUGGAUUACCGGGCCUUGGUGCAUGAGCGAGAUGAGGCAGCCUAUGGGGAGCUCCGGGCCAUGGUGCUGGAUCUGAGGGCCUUCUAUGCUGAGCUUUAUCACAUCAUCAUCAGCAACCUAGAGAAAAUUGUCAACCCAAAGGGUGAAGAGAAGCCAUCUAUGUACUGAGCCCAGGGCUAGAAGGAAAAUAAAUGACCUAUAUUUUGUGUG